CAUAGCAGCGAGUCAGGCAAUCAAACAGUCGCGCCGUGUCCGUGUAUUUAUUUAUCCGUCAUAUCUUUAAGAAUAUAACACACAUUACCGCGUGAAUCGCGAACACGAAAAAAGAAUAAUUAACAAUUGUGAAUAUAUCAAUCAAACUGUGAUACCUAUUAAUUAAUUAUAAGUAUAUAUAAGAAAAACAUGAAAACGUAAUUUAUAUGAUUGAGAAAAUUAAUGGAAAAACCUUAGACGGGAAAAACUAGAAUAAAAAAAUAAUGGAUUUAAAUAAUAAGUCAACAUCGUCAGUGGUCAAAGCGGACGAUGGAAAUAGUUGUGGAUCUGUGGUUAGCUCAACAAGUGUCGGAAUAUCGUUACGACGAUCUUCCCAACAGAAUAAUAAUAUUACGGACAAUACAAGUGCAGCAACACCGGGUACAAUAAGUCCGCGUGUUCAAACACCUACACCAUUUAUGAUGUCAUCCACAUCGAAUUUAACACCAUCGUUACGAUCUACCCCAUCACCAUCGUUUGUGGGACCAUCAUCUACACCGACACAUGCGACAACAAAUCCAACGAAUUCGAUAACAAGUGGGAAUAAUAAUACGGUUAUGAAUGCUAAUUCGAAUAAAAUCAUUAGCCGUAAUGUAAAUGGAACUUUGACAGUUACAUCUGCUCCGUCCAAUGAAGCUGAACUUCAACUAUAUCGUGUUAUGCAACGAGCAUCAUUAUUAUCAUAUUACGAUACAUUAUUAGAAAUGGGUGGCGAUGAUGUUCAACAAUUAUGCGACGCAGGUGAAGAAGAAUUUUUAGAAAUUAUGGCAUUAAUUGGUAUGGCCUCAAAACCAUUACAUGUACGUCGUCUUCAAAAAGCACUACACGAAUGGAUGACGAAUCCAGCAUUAUUUCAAUUACCAUUAAUAUCAAUCAAUUAUAACGAAUUUGGACCGUUUACUGCACCAAAUCCAAGAUUAUUGUUACAACAAACAGCUGCAUUUGCAGCUUUACGCAAGGAUGUUGUGAGUCCUGAUAAGAGUAUUAAUUCAGUAUCACCAGGCAUCACCGAUUUUCAAACGCUGCAAAAUAAUAUGACACCCGGAACAUCUGUAAAUAAUUUUUCGAUAGCUUCGUCAAGUUGUUCUAUAAAUAAACCGGUAUCAUCGCCAGCGGAUGUUUCAUUAGGAUCAACUUCAGCUACAUCUAGUCCAGGCCCAACAAUGAAUCCCGGUUCUCCAUUACAACGAAUAAAUCCAGUAUUGACAGAAGAACAAAUAGCAUUAAUCAAUGAAAGUGCGAAAAAUUUGAGUCGUUUUCUACAUCCGGUAGAACCGAAACAAAGUAGCACCAAGAAAAAAAUUAAUAAAGAAUUAGAACUUGUAAUGAUGAUGAAUGAGGAUAAUCCACGGCGUAUGGAUGAAAUUAGAAAAUAUUCUGCGAUAUAUGGUCGUUUCGAUUGUAAACGAAAAGCUGAAAAACCAUUAACAUUACACGAAAUAUCGGUGAAUGAAGCUGCUGCGCAACUUUGUAAAUAUAUUCCAGCAUUAUUAACACGUCGGGAUGAACUGUUCCCAUUAGCUAGACAAGUUGUACGAGACUGUGAUUAUCAUAAAUAUAAUAAAAUUAAUAUAACAAUGUCGCCUCCAGCAAGAACGAGAUCAAUUAGUACAAAUUCAUCAGAUAGUGAAACAACAUCAACAAGUGGUGAUAUUUCAGAAAAUCAUUCACAAGUACAAUCUGGAAAUAAAAGUCCAAGAAGUGUGGGAUCAUCACCAGGAAGAUAAGAAGUAAUGAUCUAUCAAUUGUUAACUGUAUUUAUUUAUAAACAUAAAAUGUAUAUUUUUGUAUA